GGGCCCUAUAUGUUGACGGGGCAUCUAGUAGCAAAGGUUCAGGGGCUGGAGCUCUCUUGAUAGGUCCAGACGGUUAUCAAAGCGAACAUGCUUUGAAGUUCAACUUUGAUGCGACAAAUAAUAUGGCUGAGUAUGAAGCUCUGCUACUCGGCCUACAACUAGCAUUAGAAUUGAAGAUCAGCGCAAUUCAAGUGUACAGUGACUCCCAACUGGUGGUAAACCAGAUCAACUCUAUUUGCGAAGUCGUUGAUCCUGUGAUGGCAGAUUCACUCUCCAAGUUUGCCUCUGAUAGCUCUUUAAGCUCCAGAUCUGUUUUUGUGGAAGUUUUAGAUGAACCAAGCUUCACAAAGCCUCGAGUGAUGGAGAUUAGCACAAAUCCUGACACGCCAAGCUGGACUGAUUCAAUUGUCUCCUUCUUACGAGACGGGAUAGUGCCUGAGGACAGGCAAGAGGCAAUGAAAUUAAGGAAGAAAGCAUCUCGGUAUACACUUGUUAAUGGAGUCCUGUAUAAGAGAUCUUUCUCACUUCCUCUCCUACGGUGUUUAAGUCCCUAUGAAGCUGAAUACGCACUUCGAGAGGUGCAUGAGGGUGUCUGUGGGAGCCAUGUAGGUGCUAGAACUCUGGCUCACAAAGUCUUAAGACAAGGAUACUACUGGCCAAACAUGUACAAAGAUGCCACUCACUUUGUUCAAAAAUGUCCGAAGUGCCAAUUCUUCGCACAUCUGACUCACCAACCUGCAGAAGAACUCACGACCUUGGUAGCACCAUGGCCAUUUGCACAGUAGGGAUUAGAUCUUUUGGGUCCAUUCGUUAAAGGGGUUGGUGGCGUAACCCAUCUGGUUGUUGGUGUGGAUUAUUUCACAAAGUGGGUCGAAGCUCGGCCUUUAUCUAGUCUUACCUCCAAGAAGGUUGAAGAUUUCGUUUUCAGCUCGAUCAUCUGCAGAUAUGGGAUCCCAAACUAGAUUGUGGCUGAUAAUGGAACUCAAUUCAAUUGCUCCUCUUUUCGAGAUUUCUGCUCCAGUUAUGGGAUCAAAUUAUAGUUCACCUCCGUUUAUCACCCAGAAUCCAACGGCAUUGUUGAAUUUGUUAACAAAUGCAUUCUGGAAGGUAUAAAGCCGAGAUUGGAAC